UAGCUGGGACUAUACUAGCAUGUGCCACCACACACAGGUAGCCGGCUCGCUGACCCCUCGGCCGGAAUCUCCAGGGAUGACCAGCCCCUCUUCGCGCAUCCAGAUAAUUUCCACGGAUUCGGCCGUAGCCUCGCCCCAGCGCAUCCAGAUCCUGAGCGAGCAGCAGGCGGGCCAGAAGAUCCAGAUCGUGACGGCGGUGGACGCGUCGGGCUCGGCCAAGCAGCAGUUCCUCCUCGCGAGUCCCGAUGGAGCCGGCGCCGGCAAGGUGAUCCUGGCCGCGCCCGAGCCGGCCAGCGCCAAGCAGCUCAUCUUGGCCACCGCCGACGCCCUCGUGCCCGGCCGCAUCCAGAUCGUCACGGAUUCCGCCUCCGUGGAGCGCCUGCUGGGCAAGGCGGACGCGCCGCGGCCCCAGGUGGUGGAGUACUGCGUGGUGUGCGGGGACAAGGCCUCCGGCCGUCACUAUGGGGCCGUCAGCUGCGAGGGGUGCAAGGGUUUCUUCAAGAGGAGCGUGAGGAAGAGCCUGACCUACAGCUGCCGCAGCAGCCAGGACUGCGUCAUCAACAAGCACCACCGGAACCGCUGCCAGUUCUGCCGGCUGAAGAAAUGCCUGGAAAUGGGCAUGAAGAUGGAGUCCGUGCAGAGUGAGCGGAAGCCCUUCGACGUGCAGCGGGAGAAGCCCAGCAACUGCGCGGCCUCCACCGAGAAGAUCUACAUCCGGAAGGACCUGAGGAGCCCCCUCAUCGCCACCCCCACCUUCGUGGCGGACAAAGAUGGGGCCAGACAGACAGGCCUCCUGGACCCGGGGAUGCUCGUCAACAUCCAGCAGCCUCUGAUCCGCGAGGACGGGACGGUCCUCCUGGCCGCGGACUCCAAGGCCGAGACAAGCCAGGGCGCCCUGGGCACGCUGGCCAACGUGGUGACCUCCCUCGCCAGCCUCAGCGAGUCCCUCAGCAACGGCGACGCUUCAGACAUCCCGCCCGAGGACCAGUCCGCCAGCGAGAUCACUCGGGCCUUCGACACCUUAGCCAAAGCUCUCACCACGGCGGACAGCGCCUCGCCCCCCAGCCUCGGGGACGGGGUGGACGCGGGCGGCGGGGGCGGCAUCCACGUCAUCGGCAGGGACCAGUCCACCCCCAUCAUCGAGGUUGAGGGGCCUCUCCUCUCCGACACCCACGUCACCUUCAAGGCCAGGAUUCCGAGCCCGAUGCCCGAGUACCUCAACGGAUACAUCUGCGAGCCCCGCUCGCGCUCUGCUCUUCCUGCCAUGCACCUGGCCCGCUCCACUCCCGCCUUCCAGGCGCCUGGGCAGGACUGCAACACCAGCCUGGUCCGGGCCUGCUGGAACGAGCUGUUCACGCUGGGCCUGGCCCAGUGCGCCCAAGUCAUGAGCCUGUCGACCAUCCUGGCCGCCAUCGUGAACCACCUGCAGAACAGCAUCCAGGAAGACAAGCUGUCGGGCGAGCGGAUCAAGCAGGUGAUGGAGCACAUCUGGAAGCUGCAGGAGUUCUGCAACAGCAUGUCCAAGCUGGACAUAGACGGCUACGAGUACGCAUACCUUAAAGCUAUAGUUCUCUUUAGCCCCGACCACCCGGGCCUGAGCGGCACGAGCCAGAUCGAGAAGUUCCAGGAGAAGGCGCAGAUGGAGCUGCAGGACUACGUGCAGAAGACCUACGCGGAGGACACCUACCGGUUGGCCCGGAUCCUGGUCCGCCUGCCGGCGCUCCGGCUGAUGAGCUCCAACAUCACGGAGGAACUGUUCUUCACCGGCCUCAUCGGCAACGUUUCCAUCGACAGCAUCAUCCCCUACAUCCUCAAGAUGGAGACGGCGGAGUACAAUGGCCAGAUCACGGGCGCCAGCCUCUAGUGACCCGCCGCGGCCGCCCAGGAGCUGCCGGAACCUUCUGGAACCUUCCAGAACGUUCCAGAUUCUUCCGGAACCUUCUAGAACAUUCCGGAAAGUUC